AUGAUACGGGACGCCGGUUCGCUGGUGAUUGCGAAACCUUACGGCGUGGUGACGGUGCAGCGCGACAGCCGCUACGUCGGGCUGGAGGAGCAGUGGCGCCGGGGAGCCUGGAUGCAGAUCAACCGCUACGAGCCCGGCCUGGCCGCAUUGAAUGGGCGCAUGUACGCUGCCGGCGGCUAUGGUGCGGGUGACAGCUCAUUGUCAUCCGUGGAGAUGUACGAUCCCAGCAGCGACGCGUGGAGCGCCGUUGCCGCGUUACCCGUUGGUCUGGCCCACUUGGCGAUGGUCGGGUGUGGCGGACGGCUGUACGCCUUUGGGGGCGAACGCAGUGACGGCGUGGACGCCAGCAAUUGGGCUUUGGCUUACGAUCCCGCCGCCAACGCCUGGAGCCGACUGGCCGACAUGCCCACCGCACGCGGGCGCUGUGUUGCCUGUGUUGGUCCCAGCGGGUUGAUUUACGUGAUCGGGGACCUGGUCAUGCGGCGCAGUGAUCCCGGAUGUGUCUGCUUGGACGGGAGGCUGUACGUGCUCGGGGGAUACGCCGAUGAGAACGGGAAUGAUCUUGACAGCAUCGAAGUGUACGAUGAAGAGGCGGACCUCUGGGCGCUGCACGAGUGCCGGCUGCCGCAGGCCCGGUCGGCCUUUGGCUGUGCGGUGAUGAAGCUGCGACGAGGCUGA